AUGGCCUCAUCUCGUUGGUGGCUCUAUGUGCAGGCCAUCUUUUGGCGGUUCCUGAUGCGCAUCGGCAUGUUCCUACAUGAGAUCGCACCCCGACCACCCCGACCGUUGUUCACUCGUACCAUCACCUCCGACUCUUCCCAUCCCGUCGUGCUACACUUUUACUGUCCACCAAAUUAUCAUGAACAGCGAAGGCUAGGCCAUCGCUUCCCCGUGGCCGUCAACUUCCACGGUGGUGGUUUCACACUGGGUGCCGCUACGGAUGAUUCUCGAUGGGCGAAAUCAGUGCUGGACAACGUUGGCGCCGUAAUGGUGAGUGUCGCCUACCGACGAGCCCCAGAACACCGCUUUCCUGCGGCCGUAGACGACGGAGUCGAGGCACUUCUAUAUCUGGCAACCCAUGCCAGCGAACUAGGGCUGGAUGUGAGCCGGGUCGCGCUGAGUGGCUUCUCGGCAGGCGGCAACCUGGCUGUUACAGUGCCUUUGCGGCUGCGUGGCAGAAUAUCUACGGAAGUGAAGGAGAACAUGGGUCGAGCCGAAUCCACACAAAAUCUGCUCAAUCAGGUCAGCGAUCUCAACAUCGUUGCUUUGUUCUCUUGGUACCCAAUUCUAGACUUUGAAGAAUCUCGCGACCACCGUCGUGCGAUGAGUCUGAUGCCGGACAAGACUCUCCCUGCAUUUUUCACCACCCUCUUCGAUGAUGCCUAUCUUCCUGAUUUAGACGAACGGGUCUCCCCAUUUGCUUCUCCAAUCCACGCAUCCGACCGUAUGCUGUCUGACGCUCUGCCCCGCGACGUGUUUUUCUUCAUCUGCGAGUGGGAUAUGUUGAUGAACGAGGGCCAAUCUUUUGUUCGCCGCUUGGAGACCCUCGGCAAACGCCCCCGUGCUAUGCUCAUCGAGAAAGCCCGACAUGCAUGGGAUAAGUCACCCAAUCCUUGGCGGGACCAAAAUAGCGUGGAUAUCUUGUACCGCGAUGCCUGUGCCGAUAUGAAGGCGAUCUUCGACCGGUGA